AUGAACUUCAAGGAAUUAGAAAAUGGAUACCGUAAUUGGGUUUCCAAACAAUCUUUUCCUGUUCAAGUUACCGUUAGUGUAUCCAAUGCAAUCCGAGGAGCUGCUUUCGGUGGUCCUGUAGGAGCCGCAGCCCAGGUUGCUGGUCACAUCUUUCCACAUCAUUCACUUGCCAUUAAAUCGAAGGCUUUCCUCGGUACUCCAAUGGAAGAAGCUCGUGUUUUCGCUGCUGCGCGGGGAAUCAAUGCCAGUAUAGCUUGUGUGAUGAAAAGAAUUAGAGGGAAAGAGGAUGUCCAGACUACGAUGGCAGCGGUUCUUGUUUCUUGA